AUGAAAAGGAAAAUUCCAGAAGAAAUUCUAAAUGAAAUCAUUACUGCCAUUACAGACGCAUCGAAAAUAAAGGAAACAUUUGACAAUCUUCAAAUAUCCAUACAGGAUACCGCAGAGACCGAGGUGUCCAGCACGCAGACGCUGAAGGAGUACCUAAAGGAGAAUCUUGUGGCCAAAUAUGGACGGCACACAAGCAGCGAAUUUGGGACAAUGGCUGAGAUAGUUAUUAAGAAAGAGACUGUGUCGGUGAAGCUCGUGAACGACUCCAUAUAUGUAUCUGGUAGGUACCGAAAAAAUAAACGAGGAAUAUCCAACACCCCAAUGGUAUUUGGGGAGGGCCUUCCUAGCAGGAGAAAGCGAAAGAAAAUGGAAAAAGCAGCUGCUGAGCUCAAUGGUCUUCAAGUCAUCCAGGUGAUAAAUGCUGAAGAGACAGAAAAGCAAAGCGUUUACAUGGAUGCGAAUAGAGACAAAACAAGCACUGCACAGAAUGCAGUGAGUGCUUCUGCAGAGCAGCCAGAAGAAAGAAUGCCAGCUGUUUCUGACUGGAUUGAUCCAUUAAAAGAGUAUUUUGGCAGUAAUAAAGCUAUUUUUAUCUCAGGAGGGCGAGAAGACUAUGAUGUAUGCAUGCUGGGGAAUGGAAGGCCAUUCAUCUGCAGAAUAGAAAAUCCAUCAAGAAACCUUCCUAGAAAAGUGGGAGCACUGUGCACUGUUAUGACUGAGAGCGGAAAAGAGGCUGAGGAAUACACUGUAGAAUACAAGCCACAUAACAUAAAGUACAAGAUGAGCAGAGAUGUGGAAAUAUUAGAAACGCGUUUAGUAGAAGGCGCUGCUUCGAUGAAGGACUUGAAGGCAAUUGAGGAAGUGCACUGCAAGGUGUAUGGAGUGCGUGUGCGAUGCCUGGCGCCCCAAGCAAUGGUUAUAAGCCAGCUGCUUUCCACAUAUUGGAAAGAGGAUGCUACUAUUGUAAAAAACGUGGGCAGGAGGGAGUUUGUUUUAAAGGAUACGUGCUUAAAGCUGAGCCAAAGAACGCCUAUUCGUGUUUUGCAGAGGCGGGCUAACAUGGUGCGGGAUAAGGUUAUUCAUAAAUGCAGAGUAUCUAUAGAGAGCGCGCAAGAUGAAGAUACUACAGUUAUAUCUAUUGAACUUAAAGCAUCAUCUGGCACAUACAUAAAAGAGUUUAUUAAUGGGGACAUGGGUCGAACAACUCCUUCCUUGUCAGAGGUGGUAGGGGAGUAUUGUGCUGUGCUGGAAUUGGACGUGCUGUCAAUAGAGGACACGUUUCCAAGCAAGGAAUAUGUUCUUGGGGAAGUCAAUCUUGUUUAA